GAAGUGAAGGCACCUCGGCUCUUAAGACAGUGGCAGUCUGAGGGCUGGACUUUGGGUCCUGGAGGGACAGAGCUGGAGCAGCAAGUCCUGGGUUCUGAGAUCGGGGGUACCCGGUGUUUGAGGGUGGCAGGGGGCCCGACUCCCGGAUUGCGGUGGAGGAGCGCUAGGAUUCCGGACUCCUGGGUUUUGGGGGCGUUGGGGACUGGUGAUCCAGAAUCUUGAUUCUCGGGGGUGCAAGGGCUGGGAGGCUGGGCCACUAUGUCCUGUGGAAGGGCGGGGAUGGUGGCCCCGACUUCUUUCCCUGGACGAACCGGCUGGAUUGAGCUCUUGGGGGCGUGGUUAUCUAAAAUCGGUCGCUGAUCUCUGUCGCGAAGGUCCGGCGCCUGGCUCAGAGUCCAUGCUGGCAGUGACCCUGCCCCGCCCUGGGAUUUCCCAGAGCGCCACGGGUCCAGGUCCCGGGGCAGAGCAGGAAUUUCCCGCGUGCGGGGAUUCCAGGAGUGCCACGCUUGGCUGCGCGCCCCGCCUCUGAGCGGGACACCUGGGGCGCGGGACUGGAGCGGAAGGGGAGAUGGAAGAUUCCCUUGCGUGAGCGCAGUGACGUUGGCGCGUCGUGUCUGGGCUGUUUCCGAAUCUGCCUCACGCCGGCUUAACCCUUCUUUCGCCGGAACCUGCGCUCGGAAGGCUGGGGGUUGGAGGUCUGGUCUUCCUGGGUAGUAGAAAGGAGGAGUCCGAAAACCCGAACUCCUUGGUCCUAGAGAGGAGGGGGCUGAGGGCUUGGACCCCUGCGUACCCCACUCCUAGGUCUGCGGGGCGGGCCCUGGACUCCUGAUUCUGAAGACGUGGAGCUGGAAGCUCUGGACCUCUGGAUUCCUGAGGAGCUAGGGGGCUAUUGACUCGUGGUUCCUUGGGGAGGGGACCUGGGGGCUCGGAUGCCUGGUUUCCCGGGGAAGAGUAGAAGAACGUCAGCUUCUAGAACAGAAAGAUAUUGGGAACCUGGUUGUGCGUCUCUGGGGAAUGGUGCCUGGCGACUCCACCCCUACCCCAGGCCUCAGAACUGGGAGAUCUGGGGGUGGGAUUUUUCACAGAAGUAGAGGGGUGCUGCAGAGGGUGCUCUCCUCCCCCUUCCUCAGUUUCCACGACGCUGGUGGAAAGUUGGGUCAGCGGGAAAGUGCGGAGCAAAGAGAAGGAAACGGCGGAGGCGGGCACCUCACUCAAAAUCUUCUAUUGGCUUUGGAGUUCUCAGGCGGCAUCAGUGUGCCAGUUUUUCCGCGCGGGAGGGCGAGAAGGGCGCCCACAUUCACUCCUCCCCCGCUCGGGGUGCGUUUAGGUGACUUAAGGACCCCCUGAUGACUUCCUUCCCUCCUCCCCCACCAGUGAGCCGGAAUGAGCGCAGCCACUGCCCAACACAGACGGUGAAGAAGCUCCUGGAAGAACAGAGGCGCCGCCAGCAACAGCCUGACGCUGGUGGGGUACCGAAUCAGUUCUCCCCUCCCCUGGCCCAGCCCCUGAUCCCAUCUGUGAAUGAGCCUGAAGCUGACCAUACUAACUUCCCAGCAUUCCAAGAGACUGUGAGUUCUGGAAUUGGCAGCCUGGCACCCGCAACAGGCUUUCCAGACUGGGACCCCAACACACACGCUGCCUACACAGACAGCCCCUACUCUUACCCUGCUUCUGCUGCUGAAGGUUUCUUGACUCCUGAGUUCUACCAGCCCUCGGACCCAGGGCGGCCGUGCCCAUUUUCCUCAGGGAUGGAGGACCCUCUGGACACUCGUCUCUAUGCAGAACCUUCCCUGCCACAGGCGGAAUCCUGGAGAGUUUCUGGGCCCCCCUCAGGACCCCCACCAUUGCUUCCAUCCCCUGGACCAUCCUUGGAGACAGCCCGAGCUCAUAUGCUGGCUUUGGGGCCACAACAGCUGCUGGCUCAGGAUGAAGAGGGAGACACGCUCCUGCACCUGUUUGCAGCUUGGGGACUACGCUGGGCGGCAUAUGCUGCAGCAGAGGUGCUCCAGAUGUAUGGACAUCUGGACAUUCGUGAACAUAAGGGCAAGACCCCUCUCUUGGUGGCUGCUGCCGCCAACCAGCCGCUGAUUGUGGAGGAUCUGUUGAACCUGGGAGCCGAGCCUAAUGCCACUGAUCAUCAGGGACGUUCUGUCUUGCAUGUGGCCGCUACUUACGGGCUCCCAGGAGUCCUUUCGGCUAUGUUUAAAUCUGGUGUUCAGGUGGACCUGGAAGCCAGAGACUUCGAGGGCCUCACGCCCCUCCACACAGCCAUCCUGGCCCUCAAUGUAGCUAUGCGCCCUCCCAACCUCUGUCCUCGGUCACUGAGUACCCAAGCCAGAGACCGGCUGAACUGUGUCCAGAUGUUGCUGCAUAUGGGUGCGGAUCAUACCAGCCAGGAGAUCAAGAGUAACAAGACAGUUCUGCACUUGGCUGUGCAGGCUGCCAACCCUACCCUGGUUCAGUUGCUGCUGGAGCUGCCCCGGGGAGACCUGCGGGCCUUUGUCAACAUGAAGGCCCAUGGGAACACAGCCCUCCACAUGGCAGCUGCCCUUCCCCCUGGGCCACCCCAGGAGGCUAUCGUGCGACACCUGUUGGCAGCCGGGGCGGACCCAACACUGAGGAACCUGGAGAACGAACAGCCUGUCCACCUGCUGCGGCCCGGCCCAGGCCCUGAGAGGCUCCGUCAGCUGUUGAAGAGGAGCCGUGUGGCACCCCCAGGCCUGUCCUCUUAGGACUCAAACCCAGAACCUGGACUGAUUUUCCAGUCCCCACCGUCCUGUGGGACAGCCAGCGUAUGCUAAUGUUGCAAAUCCAUGAUAAUGUAUGUGGAAUGUCCUGCCAUUAGGGUCUUACAUUAAAACCCCAAAAUGGCUGCUGGGGGGGUGAACAAUCCCCAAUAUUUGGGGUGGUGUGAUACCCCUCCCCUACCCGCAAGGAGCCAUCUAGAUGAUUUCCAUGAAAUCGAGGCUUCUUGAUUGUUUCUGUGAAACAACCUGGGCCCCCUAACCCUCUGCCCACUAGGGAAUUUCAGGACCUCUCCCCUAACUCAGCACUUCAUAUCUAGAAACCCAGAUGGAACCCUUUCAUAGGACUUAGAGCAUCCCAGCAGGGUUCCUCAGGUGGCCCUCUCACCUUCCCCAGGACCCACAUCCCUCAGGUCCUAACCCCUGAGGACCCUGUGGACUAGUGUUCCUGGGGCCUGUUGCUUUUGGAUUCAGUAUUCAGUGGAGUCCCUGCCUCAGUCCUCAGCAUUCCCAGUGAAUCCCUCCCCUAAUAUGAGCAUCCUUGAAGCUCCCUAUUAAACUGUACUUAGAACAGAAAUGUUGUCAUCUCAUUUCUGGGGGCACUGGUGCAGGGAGAGGCUGUCACCCCACUGAGGGGUCAUAUGGAUGAAUGUGCCUGGGCGGGGCAUGUGACAUCACCCUCCACCUACCCAACUCUGUUCUGCCAGCUAAGUCCAGCAUCUGUGGGUUAUUAUUUCUCACAGUUGUAGAGACUGGGAAAUCCAAGCCCAGGGUGCCAACAGGUGUAAUUUCUAAUGAAGAUGUUCUUCGGGUUCUGCAGGUGACCUUUGUACUGUAGGCAUUUUCAGAUUACGGGUGUGCUCAGCAUGUAAGAUGUGACAAACCGUAAAACCCAGGGAGUUUUAUGUCAUACAUGGUGGCGCAUAUCUGCAAUCCCAGCUACUUGGGAGGCUGAGGCAGGAGAACUACAAAUUUAAGGCCAGCUAGGGCAAGUUAGUGAAACCCCAUCUCAAAAUU